GCCAGCCAGCCUUGAAUGGGAGGACGGCAUUAAAAUUGCCCUAAGCUGCCGUGACAUCCUGCGGAAGUUCAUGAUUUUUAAUGUCGAGGUCGAGAUCAUGGAAGGCCAGUACACACAGCACGCCGCUUCCACACAGCUCGAAGCACUUUCAAGCGACGAGCAUCUUAAGACGAAAAAAAGCAUACUACCGCUAUUGUCGUACCCAGGGUAUUCUAUUGCCUACCUGGAAGACAGACCAGGCGAGGGAACAGUCGGCUUGCACAUCAAGCUAGGAGCCGACAAUUCGACUGUGUACGGUCUUACUUGCCGUCAUGCUGUCCGUGGUGGGCGUGCAAAACACGAGUCAUACAAGCCUUCAGCGCAUGAUCGUCAAUACCAUAUAUCAGGUAGCCAGGGUCAUCUUGGUGAUCUCCAAUACGAUUUGUAUCUUCGCCUAAAGAGCGCAAAUAUCGACUUGAAGUGGCAACAAGGCCCGAUUGAUAAAUGGGAGACUUGCUAUAAAAACUACAAUCCGAAGAAUGUCUCGCCGCCUACUGAGAAAGACUUCCUGAACCUGAAAAAGAUCAAGGACUCGAUAGAACACGAUAACUUGGUUAAAGAGGCCCUCGAGAAAAUCGAUGACAGGAAGGAACGGCAAAUCGGCCACCUGGCAUAUUACCCAGGUUGCUCCAUCUCUUCUCGUCAGCCUGGGUAUCUCAGAGACUGGGCACUCGUAGAGCUCGAUGUUCGAAAGUUCACCCUACCUCCAGCCAACAAAAUCUUCCUCGGCUCACCAUCAGUGAAGUACGAUGAGCUUCGUCUAGGACUCACGUCGGAACCCUAUACCAGAGUCAUGCCAAUGUGCGUUUCAAAGAUAGGACAAAAGUCAGGACUCACCGACGGAAUAAUAAGCGGUAUCGAAGCUGUUGUCCGUCGCCCAUGCAGAGACGGCGCGGUUGAGUACUCCUGGGAAAUGCUGAUCGUCCCCGAAAAUGGGGCCUCGUAUUUCUCGGAAGUUGGAGACUCGGGCUCCGCGGUAUUCAACAAGAAGGGCCAAGUAGUUGCGAUCGUCACUGCUAGCAACAAGGGCCAGGGAAUUGCGCCACAAGAUGCAGACGAGACCAUACCCAGAGGGACAGAUGUUACCUUCGCUACCCCGAUCCAGUGGGUUCUGGAUGAUAUUGAAGACUUCACUGGUCAAAGACCAUGGCUUGUAUAGAUAAUAUAGGCGUUAGAUUAAGCAUUUAAUAAAAGAAUGUACUGACAACUACCUAUGAAUAUCAACCUGUCCAUAUGGGAUACC